UCAGGAAUUCUAAAUCUUGAUUAUGAAAAUAAACCACGAACGGAAGAUCAAAGUUUCUAUGAGUUCAGCUGAGGGUCGACCGGUGCUGCAUUGUGGAAAUAGUUUCCGCCCGGGAGUGGCAGAGUUCAGGUAAGUAGCUUUGGUUCGAGCGGUGACAUCGAAAAUAUGAAACCGACAUAAAAGCGAGUGUUGCAGGAAUGAAGGGUGGCAACUGGCUAUAUUGUCUUCCUUUUUCCUUCAAGUGAUUAUGAUAAAGCAUCCUUUUCCAGCUACCGGAAGCUUCAUAGUGUGCUUGUCGUAUUAUACAGCUAUUUAUUACCCAAACUCGUUAUGGAUAAGAAAAUUAGUCCCAAUACUCAUGAGGAGCUGCUUUCCGAAAGAGAACAGAGAAUCUUGACCAAGUACAAAAGCCAGACAUUGGGAGAUUUGCAUCGAUAUAAGUCUAGAGAACGAACAUAUUUUGACUCCGGAGAUCUUGCUCUCUCCGAAGCUAACAGAGUAACCGAUGAAGGAAUCCUACAGACUGGCACCGCUCAUCCUUCACGGCAAACUAUUUCUCGUCCACAUGCCCCGGUACCCGAAGGAAGUAAUGUGGAUAAUCGUGCGAAUGAGGAAGUGCUUCGCAGAGUGAGUCCAGGUCGUGAGAUAAAUAAAAGCUACUUGGACCAAAAGGCUAUUACAAAUGACGAUCUCGAACAGAAGUAGUCUAUUUGGGUGGCUGGGUAUAUGCAGCGUAAGGGUCGGAAUAUCCAGCACUGAGCUGAUCGGAUCUG